AUGCCAGCUGAAGUUAAUAGCAGAGAUCCUUCUAAAGAAAAAACGAAGGAAAAAGAAAAUGAGAAAAGUGAGCUCAAGGAAUUGUCUUAUUAUCAUGGUGUUCAAACGAAAGAAGAAACUGCAGUGACGAUGAAAGAAGCGUCUGUUGGUGAUUUUCUAGUACGAGCUGCAUUUUUGAAAUCUGAAGUUGCACUGGUCCUAUUUCUUUGUGUGAAAGUUAGCGAUAAAGGAGAAAACAUUCAUCAUUAUCUGAUCAAUUAUGAUGGUGACAGGUUUACGCUGAAGCAAGAAACUCAGGACAAAGAAAAAAAGGAUUUACAAGAAUCUCCACCAUUCUCCUCAUAUCAAGAAAUGGUGACGUAUUACAAAAAGCACCGUCUUGCUUGCGGAAUUCGCCUUGGAAGAGCUUUGAAACGACCGAGUUGGCAAUUGCGACAUACUGAUAUAUCCUACAAUGAAAGUUGUAAACUUGGAUCGGGAAAUUUUUGUCAUGUCUAUCGCGGAAAGUUGACACGCCUUGGAGAGGUUGAAGAUGUCGCUAUUAAAGUGUCCAAAGACACUGAAAGAGAUUCAGCAGUUCUCAUGGAAACUCGAAAUUCUUUAAUGGCUGAAGCCAAACUCAUGAUUAAUUAUAAAAAUGAUUAUGUUGUUCGAUUUUUCGGUUUGGCUUGUGAUAUGCCUCCUUUUAUGGUCUGCAUGGAAUUUUGUAUUGGUGGAAGUCUCGAAAAACUACUUACCACUUACGGAAAAAAUAUGGAAGAAUUUGAGAGGCAAACGUUUUUAAUUGAUUCUGCUCGUGGAAUGCGAUAUCUUCAUCGUCAAAAGUGUAUUCAUCGGGAUCUGGCUGCUCGAAAUUGCCUCAUUUCUGCAAGAGGGAUUGUGAAAAUUGCCGAUUUUGGACUCAGUCGAACUCUGACCAAAGGGGAAAAUAAAUUUAAAGAAGCUUUGAAAGAAGCUCCUUUAGUUUGGAUGGCUCCAGAAUGCAUCCAGAAAGAAUCAGAAUUCUCUGUUAAAACUGAUGUCUGGGCUUUUGGCACGUUAAUGUAUGAAGUUUAUAAUAAUGGAAAUAAGCCUUUUUCCAAUGAAACCGACACGGCAGCAAUUGUCAAAGCGAUUCGUCGUGCCAAAAUGCCGAAACUUGAGUCGAAGACAACUGUGAAGGAAAUGGAGAAUCUUUUGGGACGUAUUUGGACAAAAAAUGCUGAUGAGCGCCCAACAUUCCAGGUUGUUCUCGAGCUAUUAGUAGAAGCUCUCCUGCCUUAUAAUGCUACUAGUUUGCGAAAAAUGCAAGUCAAUAAGAUCACCGGUGUAUCCCGGAAAAAUGGACCGAACAUUGAUCUCGAUGAAGAACAAGCACAUUCGAUGAAUGAACCGGAAUUUGAAAUAUCGGAAAGACGGCCAAAGCCACGAAAACACAAACGGAAUUGUGGAGAUGAGAAGAUGACUACUCCGGGGCACUUGCAUCGACGUUCAUCUUCAAAAUGGAUUCCACCAUCUGGCCCUCUUCAUAAUCCAAUUACGAUAUUUAAAGGACGAUCUAACCGACUAAGCGGAUCUCGUGUAAUCCAUCCGAAUCACAUCUAUGAGAGUGCUCGUUAUGAACUUGCAAACUACCGUGAUUUCAAAGAUAACUCUAUUUCAACAACCAAAUACAGCUUAUGGAAUUUUGUUCCGCUCAAUAUUUGGCAUCAAAUAUCUACGAAAUAUGCAAAUUUGUAUUUCAUAUUUAUUGCAGCUCUCAAUUGGAUUCCAUUUUUCGAUGCUUAUACUCGUUAUCUAGGGUUGAUCCCUAUCUCGUUUGUACUCUCUACAACAUUACUUAAAGAUGGAAUUGAAGAUUAUCGACGUUGGAAAUUCGAUAGUAGAAUAAACAAAAAUACGUGUCAUGUUUGGGAUCGAGAUCGUAAUGCGUUUCGAAAAACAGAAUGGCGUUACAUUCUGGUCGGUGACUUUGUUCACAUUUCCAAUGACCAGGAUGUUCCUGCAGAUAUUAUUUUCAUAAGGUCGUCUAAUGAAUCUGGAACAUGCUAUGUAGAAACGUGUAAUUUAGAUGGAGAAACAGCUUUAAAACAACGUAGCGUUCCUGCAAAAGUCAUACACUAUUCAGGGGAGGAUACGUCGUUUAAGCCAACGGAUUUUAAUGGAGUUGUGACAUGUGAGAAGCCUGACAAGGCUAUUUACGAAAUUCGCGCCAAAAUUGAAUAUGAGCCAGGGAAGAGCGAUGUAAUCAUGAAAGAAAACAUGCUUCUUCGAGGAUCGCGAAUAAAAAACACAACAUUUGUUGAAGGAAUUGUUGUCUAUGCUGGACACGACACGAAAGUAAUGCUCAACAAUGGGCGAGCGCCACACAAAGUAUCGAAAAUUGAAAGAAAAACUAACAAAUUUAUCAUUAUUUGUCUUGUCAUGCUCCUUUUGAUGGUUUUCUUUGACGCAAUUAUGUCGGCCAUUUGGGUUAAAAACCAUGAACCCAACAAACAGAUACCGUACGUUGCUUCAAACACUCCAUUGCCUUUCAUUGAAGGUUUGAUUAAUAUUGGAGCAAAUUUUAUUAAUUAUCAAGUCCUUGUUCCCAUAUCACUUUACAUCACUGUUGAAAUUAUAAAAGCGCUUCAAAUUUACUUCAUGAGCAAUGAUAUUCAAUUAUAUGACGAAAAAACGGAUCGUGCAAUUGAUUGCCGAUCAUUGAGCAUCCCGGAAGAACUUGGUACUGUAACACAUGUUCUUUCUGAUAAGACUGGAACUCUCACUGAGAAUGUUAUGAUAUUUCGAAACUGCGCAUUCGAUGAUAUCGAUUAUGAAACGAAAGGGGAUUCCGAAACAAAUUACGAUAAACCCGUGAGAUCACAAAUGCUCUACGAAAGAGUUGUCGGUUCUUCGCGUAAUCCAAUUAUGAGACACUUUUUUGCCAACAUUCUAUUGAAUAAUUCUGUCAUUGUGAACGUCGUACCACACACAGACGCAAUAGAACUCGGAAAGUUCGAAGGCGGCGCUUAUAACAUUGGAAAUUCAUGUUUUUAUGAUGUUACCGAAGAAAACUACAGAAGAAUGCUGGAAGAAAUUAAAUCGGCUCCGAAUUUACAAAUUGAAGAAAGCUGUUCGAGACCGCGAAAUUUAGGGCUUUCAAUUCAAUUUGACGAUCGUUUGUCUGUUAUUGCUGAAGAUACGAUAUCGCCCAUUGUAUCAAUACCAACACCGAUAUCACCUAGCAAUGAAACUCCAAUCACGUCUUCAUCGUCAGGCAUUUCACCACCAGCUCGUAAAUUGUCUUCCCUAUCGUCUUUGUCACAUAGAAUUCAAACAGUGGUCCGAAGAAGCAUUUUACGACCAAUUUCUGACAUAAUCCCGACUCGUAAACGAUUGGCUUCUUUCAAGCAAGAAAAUUUGUGCCCAUAUGAAGCUGAAAGUCCUGAUGAACUUGCGUUGAUCGACGGAGCCGCUUUAUACGAUUAUAGGCUUCUUGAAAGAGCCGCAACAUCAAUAACUAUAUCAACACCCGAGUCGCCUUCGAAAACCUAUCAAGUUCUUCUCACUCUUCCAUUCGAUGCGUCCCGGAAAAGAAUGUCGGUUGUGGUCAAGACUAGUAAAGGACCAUUACUGUAUUGCAAAGGAGCUGAUUCGGCGAUUUUGUGUCGGUUAAGCAGUGAUAAUAGUCGAGAACGUGUUCAUCAAAUUAAGAAGAAACUCGAUUCUUAUGCGAAUGCUGGUCUGAGAACACUAUGCUUCGCAAUGAAGUAUAUUCCAGAAGACGAGUUCGAAGAAUUUCUUGAUUCCUAUAAAUUUAUAAUGGAAGAUCCAACUAGUGAAAGAGAGAAAAUGCUUUCCGAAAAAGCCAGUGAACUCGAAAAAGAUCUCACACUUUUGGGAGUUACUGGAAUUGAAGAUCGUCUUCAAGAAGGUGUUGGGGAAACGCUCUGUAAUCUUCGAAACGCUGGAAUACAAGUUUGGGUCUUGACUGGAGACAAACUUGAGACCGCCCAGAAUAUUGCACAAUCUAGCGGACUUUUUCAUCCAGAACGACCUAUAAAACUUGUGGAAAACGAAAACGACGUCGAAGAAGCAAGCGAACUUCAGGGAUGCAAUAUCAUUUUGUCUCCAAUUGCUAUAAAAAUGGCUCAGGAAGGAAACAAGAAGCUUAUUGAAAUUUUAAAGAAAGCGAAAACCGUUCUCUGCUAUCGUAUGACGCCUUCUGAAAAAGCUACGGUUGUGAAUGCUGUAAAGAAGUACAUAAAAGGAACUGUGUUGGCUGUCGGAGAUGGUGCCAACGAUGUUCCCAUGAUUCAAGCGGCUCAUGUCGGAAUAGGAAUCGCUGGAAAAGAAGGGCUUCAGGCUGCGAUGGCCUGCGAUUUUGCGAUUGCCCGAUUCCGAUUCUUAUCGCGACUUCUUCUUGUUCAUGGUCACUGGAGCUAUCAUCGUCUUUCGGUUACAUUUCUUUAUUUUUUGUAUAAAAACACGAACUGCGUUUUUACUUUGUUCUUUUAUCAAUUUUUCAAUGGUUAUUCUGGAAGCAAUGUAAUCGAUCCAUAUUGGGAAAUACUUUACCCUAUUAUAUUUACGAGUGUGCAACCCAUAUUUGUUGGUGUUUUGGAUCAAGAUCAAUCCGAUAUUAGAUUAAUGAAGAGACCUGAACUUUAUUCGUUAGGCCGAGAGAAUCGUGUUUAUACGACGAAACACUUUUUGUUUGAUGUAAUUGAUGGUAUUUAUCAAGCUGCUAUUAUCUACUUUGUUACCCACUUUACAGUUUUACAAUCAUCUACGAGUAUAUGGGAAAUGGGAUUUUUCAUGUCAAACGCUUCUGUGCUGGUAAAUUCUGGCCAUUUGGCACUCUACGUUCGAUAUUGGCAUUGGAGACUUGUUGGCGUAUUCACAUUCUUUUGGCUGUUUAGUGUCGCUUACUUCUUUAUGACGUUUACGAGUAUCGGCAGUGGAAUGCUACCAGAUUCACCGAUCAUGAUGCCGGAAAAAGUUGUAACUGAAGGAAGAUUUUGGUUCGCUCAACUGAUCACAGUUUUAUUAGCUCUAUGUCCUAGAUUCACUGCCAUGUGUUUCAUUAAUUCACUAUUUCCGAGUAUUUGA